AUGGCGAAACACUCUUUGAUCUAUUUAUGUGUAGCUCUUUUAUUUACACUCUUGCUCGGACCUCAAGGCUCAGAUGCAACAGCAUUAACAUAUAACCUUGCAGCAAACGAGAACGCCUGCUUUUACAUUUGGGCUGACAAACCAGGCAAGAAGCUCGGUUUCUAUUUUGCUGUUCAACAAGGUGGCUCAUUUGAUAUCGAUUAUGAUGUAAAGGGACCUGAUGGUGUAUCCAUUUUAAACGGAGAACACGAGCGUCAAGGCGAUUAUGUAUUCACUGCUAAUGCUUAUGGAGAGUACUCUUUCUGUUUCUCUAAUGACAUGUCUACAUUUGCUGAAAAAUUGGUGGAUUUCGAGAUUACUGUUGAAAAUGAAGUUCGACCCAACUUCCAAAAGGAUGCCUAUGGCAAUGAGCAACCCGCUAAACUCAGUGAAAUGGAAGAAUCAUUAUUUCGCCUGUCAGGAUCAUUGACCAACAUUGCUCGCACACAAAAGUAUUUCCGUACAAGAGAGAACCGCAAUUCAGCUACCGUCACUUCAACCGAAAGCAGAAUCUUUUGGUUUGCUUUCAUGGAAAGUCUUGCCAUCAUCUCAAUGGCUUGUUUGCAAGUCUUUGUGGUCAAGAACUUUUUCAAUGUCAAGAAGGGUGGUGUUUAA